AUGGAUGAUAGAUCCAGCAAGCUCAUCUUGGUUCCUAUUCUAGCUGUCCUGUUUGUUAUGAUAGGAUACCAGUACAUCUGUCCCGCUGGAAGCAAUUCGUGCUACUUUAAGGCAGGGGAGACAUUAGGAGGGGUGAGCCUCCUCUCCACCCCGGACCAGGACAGCGAUGAUUUCUACAGAGAUCAAGACCUGGAGGAGGACAGCCCUCCCAAACAGCCGUCAAAAUUCAACUUCACCGAGAGAGACCUCGACAGACACGUGGAGUUCAACAUCAAAGGGGACGACGUGAUCGUGUUUUUGCACAUCCAGAAGACCGGAGGAACCACUUUCGGGAGACACUUGGUGAGGAAUAUUCGCUUGGAGCAGCCGUGCGACUGCAAGCCAGGGCAGAAGAAAUGCACAUGUCACCGGCCGGGCAAAGAGGAGUCCUGGCUCUUCUCCCGGUUCUCUACCGGCUGGAGCUGCGGACUGCAUGCAGACUGGACCGAGCUAACGAACUGUGUACCUGUCAUUAUGGAUAAGAAGGAGGCCCAGAGGAAUAAGAGGAACUUCUACUACAUCACCAUGCUGCGUGACCCAGUCUCCCGCUACCUUAGCGAGUGGAAACAUGUCCAGCGCGGGGCCACGUGGAAGACCGCCCUCCAUAUGUGCGACGGACGCUCGCCCACCCAGGACGAGCUGCCCACCUGCUACAUUGGGGACGACUGGUCCGGUGUCACCCUGACAGAGUUCAUGAACUGCCCGUCCAACCUUGCCAAUAACCGACAGGUCCGCAUGCUGGCUGACCUGAGCCUGGUGGGCUGCUACAACCUGUCCUCUAUGAACGAGAGCCAGCGCAACCACAUCCUUUUGAGCAGCGCCAUGAGCAACCUGAAGAACAUGGCUUUCUACGGCCUGACUGAGUUCCAACGCAAGACGCAGUACAUGUUCGAGAGGACGUUCAGCCUGCGCUUCAUCUCCGCUUUCACGCAGAUCAACAGCACGCGAGCUGCCAACGUGGACCUGAGCGAGCCCGUGCGCAGACGCAUCGAGGAGCUCAACUAUUUGGACGUGCAGUUGUACGAGUACGCCAAGGACCUGUUCCUCCAGCGCUUCCAGUUCACUCGCCAGAGGGAGCACCAGGAGGUGCGCUUGAAGAGGCGCGAGGAGAGGCGCUGGCUGCGGGAGCAAAAAGAGCAGGGCAGGCCAUGGCCGCCCAAACACAGAGGGGGAGGAAAUGGAGGCGGGAGGAGGGGAGGAGGGCUGGAGAAAGGGAGUGAAGGGGACUUCUCCACCACCACUGAGGACUACACGAGCCAAGUGGCCCGUUGGUGA